AUGGCAGAAGUCGCACCAGCAUCCGCAGCGCCGGCCAAGGCACCCAAGAAGAAGGCAGCAGCCAAGCCCAAGAAAGCGGGACCCAGCGUAGGAGAGCUCAUCGUCAAGGCUGUGACCGCCUCCAAGGAGAGGAGCGGCGAGUCCCUGGCCGCGCUCAAGAAGACGCUGGCGGCAGGCGGCUACGACGUGGAGAAGAACAACUCCCGCGUCAAGAUCGCAGUCAAGAGCCUCGUCACCAAGGGCACCCUGGUCCAGACCAAGGGCACCGGUGCAUCCGGCUCCUUCAAGCUCAACAAGAAAGCCGUCGAGGCGAAGAAGCCCGCCAAGAAAGCCGCAGUCCCCAAAGUAAAGAAGGUGGCCGCCAGAAGCCCGCUUGGCGAGAAGCCCAAGAAGGUAGCAGCCAAGAAGGCCGUCGCCGCAAAGAAGUCCCCCAAGAAGGCCAAGAAGCCCGCUACACCCAAAAAGGCGGCCAACAGCCCCCAAGAAGGUGAAGAAGCCGCCGCAGCGGCCAAGAAAGCGGCCAAGAGCCCCAAGAAGGCUACAAAGGCAGCCAAGCCCAAGGCAGCCAAGGCCAAGAAGGCAGCCCCCAAGAAGAAGUAA